GAUUGAUUAUUUUGUCAAAAUUGAACAUUUUAUUUUGUAAUUACAUUUUCUAUACACUUCAAAUUACAUUUUUGGCACAUUUACAAAUGAAUUAUGUAUUGAGAAAUUAUGCAAAACUAAGUCAUUUAAAUUAUGAUCAACAUGGAAGAGACUGGAAUGUGGAAACCGGCAAACAACAAUCGCCUAUUUCAUUGGCUAAACAUCAAGCUGUUAGAUCCACUGCGCCAACAUUGACCUUUCUUAACUAUGGCAAGACAAUUGCUAGUCCUUGGAAGCUUAUCAAUAAUGGGCACACCUUAACAAUGUUGAUACCGCCAGCUGCUAAUGGCAGCCAGCCUGCUCUUUGCGGUUGUAAGCUGGAAAGUGUUUAUAAAGCUGUGCAACUUCAUUUUCAUUGGGGCGCCCCAUUUAGCAAAGGAUCGGAACAUAAGAUUGACUCUAUACGCUACGAUGCCGAGCUGCAUAUUGUUCAUCAGAACAGCGCGUAUGCACUCCAACAGGAAGCUCUUUCCUCGCCUGAUGGCUUCGUGGUGUUGGGAUUCAUGUUGAAAUUAGUGCCUAAACCCGCAAUCAAUCCGCGGGCCUUAAAUAAAGUCUGUAGUCAGGCGAGUCAAGUCAAAAAUUUUAAAACAACCUCAACUUUGAAAGGCGAAUUUUCAUUGAGGGAUAUUUUAGCUGGUAUAGAAAGGCAAGAGUUUUUUACUUACAAAGGGUCGCUUACCACACCACCAUGCUCUGAAGUCGUCAACUGGUUUGUCUUCCCCAAGGCGAUUGAAAUUUCCAAAAGAUAUUUAAGAAAUCUGUGGUACCUGACAGAUAACCGCGGCAAGCCCUUGAUAAAUAAUUAUCGAGAGGUACAGGACCUUCACGGGCGUAAAGUGUAUUAUAGAGAGAAAAGCAACCAAACAAAACAAGACACAUUCGAAUAUACGUAACGAUUGGUUAAAUGCAUAUCGGUGCUUGCACUGGCAAUUAUCGAUUACGAGGCAUCGGAAAAGCGUUCAACUGGGAUGACACUCAAAUUUUAAUCUAAUAAAAUUGAGCCAAAUGGCAAACUA